AUGGGUUUCGACGAAGGCCAAAUAGUUUUAGACAGUCCAAAUGGAACAUAUUUCUCUGGACAGACGAUUCGUGGGAAACUUAUUUUUCAACAAGACACUGUGAAAACAUUUCGAGGUAUUUAUGUCAUAUUUAAUGGAUAUUGUAAAGUUCACUGGACAACAACAGAAACUCGUAGAGUCAAUAACAGAAAUGUUACCCACACUAAAAGCCAUGACUCUUAUGAGGAAUAUAUCAAUCAAAAAAUUUAUCUAGUUGGGUCUGAGUCAGGGGAGCAUCACAUUCAACCCGGCAACUAUGAGUAUCCUUUCACAUUCAGAGUACCUGAUAACUGUCCCUCGUCAUUUGAAGGAGACUAUGGUCGCAUUAGAUACAAGAUCAAAGCGAUUGUAGACAGAGCAUUUAAGUUUGAUCAAGAAAAGAAGGUCGCCAUCCGUGUUUGGGCUCCACUGGAUCUAAAUAUGAAUCCUUAUUGUAGAGAAUCAAUAGAAAUGGAUUUUGACUCGAACUACUACUGUUGCUGCUUCAGUUCCGGAUCAACAAACACAGUUGUGAAUGUACCGGUGUCAGGCUUCUGUCCCGGUCAGAAGAUACCCAUCGAAGUUACCUGCAUGAAUAAGGGAACAGUGAUAGUUGGUAGCGUUAAAUUUCGAAUGAAAAAGGACGUACUUUUUAUUGCCACAAAUAAUCCCGGCACUCGGUCAGACUCGGAUGUCCUCGUGGAGAUUAAGAAAGGCCCCAUACCAGCCAACACUACUCGCAACUGGUCGCUCGAGAUGGAAGUUCCCGCUCUGGAUGUUUAUAAUCUAUCUGCAUGCAGCUACAUACGUUUAAGUUAUAAGCUUGAGGUUGUGGUAUCUCCCAGUGGAUGUCACCGUAACUCUGAAGAGUCAAAGCAGAUAAUACUUGGAACAGUUCCUUUAGUGGGCUACCAGGAUACUGUACCUAAUCCAUUAUGGGACCAGAUGCCGCAACAUAUUGAAACAAUGUCUCAACAACCUCAUAACAGUUCUUACCCCUACCCUAAUACUGAUACAAAUGUACCCCAUGCCAAUGCUCCUUAUCCAGAUAAUCCACCUCCUUAUCCUGGAAAUAAUCUUCCUUACCCUGGUGGUCAAAAUGUUAUACCCGAUAAAGAGGGAUCAGGGCAAGGAACAGUAGGUGUAAUUGGCUUUACAAUUCCGGGUGCCAAUGUGAACAAUGCGCCUUUUACAGGACCCAAUUCAGUUCCUACAGGCUCGCCUGUCUCUGGUAAUCCCUACAGCGCUGCAAGCGCACCACUGCUUGAAAUGGUGGACACUGAAAAAAAGAAUGAAAAAGAGUGAGAUAUUCUGAAGUGGUACUUUUUACAUGAACAUGGAUCUGAAUAAAAAUUAAUGGACAAACAAAAUUUCAAAGAUAUAUUUUUUUAAAGUUCAAGCAAGUAAUUAGCGGUAGGUUAGUAAUUUGUAAUCUGAAAGAUAUGUAUGAUAUAAUCAUCGAUGUUUCACGUUGUCUUUAUGUGCCUUCUAUAUAGGGUAUGAAAUAUGAGAGAUGUGACUUAUUUGAGAUACAAGUGUCAACCCACUUAGAUAUUUACUCUAUGUAAGCUUAAAUACUGAAGCCAGGUCAGGAACCAGGCUUAGUAAACGCUUUAUUGGAA